UGACGGGUUUCAUGAAAGCUGCAUGUUUGGUUCUUUUCAGAAGUGUUACAACCAUGGCACAGCACAAAUUCAUUGAUAUUGGUGUAAACCUGACAGAUCCCAUGUUCAGAGGACUCUAUAGGGGGAAGCAGAAACAUGAUGAUGACUUUAAUCAGAUCAUCGACCGAGCUCUGAAAAUUGGAGUUGAAAAGUUUAUGAUCACAGGAGGAAGCCUCUGCGACAGCAAGGAAGCCAUCAAACUAGCUGAGACCAGAGAUGAGUUUUACUGCACUGUCGGCUGCCAUCCGACCCGCUGCAGUGAGUUUGAGCAGAACGGAGAAGCUCAGUACUUUUCGGGGCUACWGGAGCUGGCAGCAGCCCACAGAGGGAAGGUGGUGGCCAUUGGAGAGUGUGGACUAGAUUUUGACAGGUUGGAGUUUUGUCCCAAAGAGACUCAACUAAAAUACUUUGAGAAGCAGUUCGACCUGGCAGAGGAGACCAAGCUGCCCAUGUUUCUGCACUGCAGGAACUCCCAUCCUGAGUUUAUAAGCAUCAUGAAGAGAAACCGUGACAGAUGUGCAGGAGGAGUGGUUCACUCAUUUGAUGGAACAGCAGAGGAUGCUGCUGCACUCCUUGACCUCGACCUAUAUAUCGGAAUAAAUGGAUGCUCUUUGAAAACGGAGGCUAAUAUUGAAGCUAUGAAGUCGAUCCCCACAGAGAGGCUCAUGAUCGAAACAGACGCACCGUGGUGCUCGGUGAAGAACACUCACGCAGGCUCCAAAAAUGUUAAAACAACAUUUCCAACAAAGAAGAAGUGGGAGGCAGGACACUGCCUGAAGGACAGAAACGAACCCUGUCACAUCAUACAAGUUCUGGAGGUGAUGGCAGGCGCAAGGGAAGAAGAUCCACAGGAGCUGGCCACGACAAUCUACAACAACACUGUCAAAGUUUUCUUCAGCUCAAGCUGAUGACAGAAAAACUCAAGAGACAUGAUAUUUACAAAGAUAUAGGAAGUAGGGUUGUGAGGAAGGAGAGUCAGCACUCCCUAAAAAGUGUCAAACAUGCAUGUCCAAAUACACAGUUAAAAAUAAAUAAAAUAAAUUAAUAAAAAUAAAUGUCAUUGGUGCUGAACAUA